AUGUUUGAAAAGUCGUCAUUUAACACUGGGAAAGCCAAAAUGCCUCUAUUUCGGAUCAAGACGCUUUCCUUCGGUUCAAGCACCCAAUUGAUCGGGCCACCUUUGGUGGAAACAAACAGCCUCAAGUACAAACCCCGGCACAAUCUGAUUCGCAGCAGCCGACUAGCAACACCUGUGAGGCUGACCCGAAAUUGGCCGCCCCCCCUACCCUUCCCUGAAUGGCUCCCACGCAAGAACUACACUCGCGCCUAUUUCCGUCCUCGUCAUGUGAACCCCCGCACCGAAUUCCACACCUUGGAGGAAAUUGAAAAGCCUGUGCUCCCGCCCAUGGUUGUCAUGGAGCGCGGUAUGGUCGUGUCUCCCGAGAACAAGCCGGAAAACUUUGUCUGCCCUGAGAUCAUCGACGUCGAUGUGGCCGCCGAUGACGAUGUCGAAGAGACCUCCAAGCUUCUGUUUGGUCUAGCCACUACCGUCGACCGUCUGGACCGCCUGCUCCCCUCCCUGCUUUACUCCUACGGAAACACCAAGGCCGGUUUGAUUGUUCUAGUCCCUGAGUCUGACGACGACCUGGAGAAGCAAGAGACCUACUUCCGCAACCGCGGUCUGGACUUGACUCUUAAGGCCUCUCCCCUCGACUUCACUGCCCGUUACUUCGGUAUGGUCGAGGCGUUCACCGAGCACAUUCGCAAGCACCGCCCGCACACCAAAUGGGUUGGAUUCAGUGACGACGAUACCUUCUUCCUGUCGCUCCCCACUAUCGCCGAGGAACUCAAGCUCUUUGAUGAGAGCAAGAAGCACUACAUUGGAUCUUUGUCUGAGGCCAGCUGGCAGGUGGAUACUUUCGGCCACAUUGCUUUCGGUGGUGCCGGUGUGUUUGUCUCAAAGCCUCUUUUGGAUGUCCUGAUGAAGCACUACGACGAGUGCCAGUCUUGGGGCGAGCAGCCCGGUGACCAGAAGCUUGGCCAGUGUAUCCAACGCUUCGGUGACACUCCCCUGACACUCUGGCCUUCGCUCUACCAGAUGGACAUGGCAGACCCCGUGGACGGUGUUUACGAGUCCGGUCGCAAGAUCGAAUCCAUGCACCACUGGAACAGUUGGUACAGCAAGGACGUGGUCAAGAUGACCACCGUUGCUGCUGCUGCAGGCCGCAAGUCUGUUCUCCGUCGCUGGGUCUUUGAUCAAGAGGAAACUGUGAACAGCGCUACUGGAGAGACUCUCCGUCACUUCUGGGUCAUGACAAACGGCUACUCGCUGGUGAAGUACACAUACGGCGAGCAUGUCCCGGAUGACGCUAUCAACUUCGAUGCUACCGAAAAGACCUGGCCCGAAGACCCCCGCGGCUAUGAAGACCGCCUGGGUCCCCUGCGUCCCGCAGAGGAAGACGGUGUUGCUAAGGAUCGGUGGUUGCUCCGUGAUGCAUUCGUGGUUGGUGAGAAUGUGCACCAGUUCUAUGUUCGCGAAGAAGACGAGGGCCACAGCGUAAUUGAAAUUGUCUGGCUCGGUCCUAAGGGCGGCGGUGGCGGUGGUGUGAGUGACCAUUAUAUUCGCGGCACUUACCAGCAAUAA